AUGAACUACAAAUUAUCGCAGGAGCUUAUAGGCCACAGCCAAGAUGUGAAGGCUGUUAGCUUCAUCGACAGGAACACGCUCAUCUCCGGGUCGAGAGAUAAUACUGCGAUCGUUUGGAAGCGUGGCGAGGAUUCUGAUUGGUCAGCCACGGCGACGAUCAGCACACACGACAACUACGUCAACAGCGUUGGUUGGCUUGCAGCUGCUGAUCUCGUGGCCACCGGUAGUCAAGACAGUCUCGUAAACCUCCACAAAUACGAGCAUAACACCACCAGUAACCACAUAUCUGUCCCCGCUUACACCCUCCUCGGCCACUCUGCCAACGUAUGCUCAAUAGACACCUCCGCUACUGGCCUCGUAGCCACUGGAAGCUGGGACACUACAGCGCGCAUAUGGAAUCAGGGCGUCCAAGUUGCCUGCUUAGCUGCUCACUCUCAAGCAGUCUGGUCUGUGAAAUUCACCCCCGAUAACAAACACGUCAUCACAGCCUCCGCCGACAAAUCCAUCGUCAUCUGGGAUUUAGACAGUGCUAAGCCUGUACACUCCAUUCAGAACGCACACGAUGACGCUGUACGUUCACUCACCAUCCUCAACCAUGCCAUAGGCUUCGCUUCCGCUUCCAACGACCUCCAGAUCAAACUUUGGACUUUCGACGGCGAGAAUAUCAUGUCUAUGCAUGGACACACGGAGUUUAUCUACGCUCUCGCCACUCUCCCCUCUGGUGGAAUCGUCUCUGCUGGCGAAGACCGCUCUGUAAAGGUGUGGCAAGAUGGUGAAUGCGUCCAGACAAUCAUACAUCCUUCCACCUCCGUUUGGUCUGUCGCUGCGGCAGAAAAUGGCGACAUUGCGAGCGCAUCUAGUGACGGCAUUGUGCGUGUGUGGUCGGUGGAUCCUGCGAGAAUCGCACACCAAGACGCUCUCAAGACAUACGAUAAUCUUGUGGCUGGAUCCACGAUAAGCUCCCGCUCGUCGAACGGCAUUAACGCGAACGACGUCAAAAGCCCAGAAUCCCUACAGCAGCCCGGCAAGCGCGACGGCCACGUGAUGCUGGUUAAGGAUGCGCAGACAGUAUCCGCGCAUUCAUGGUCAGCUGGCGAGCAGACAUGGAAGAAGAUCGGAGAGGUCGUCGACGCAGCUGGCGGCGUCGAUCCAUCCAACAGAGUUAAACACACUGAUGGGAAGGAUUACGAUUACGUGUUUGAUGUAGACAUCGAAGACGGUAAACCACCCCUAAAACUACCCUACAACGUCAGCGAAAAUCCUUACAUCGCUGCACAACGUUUCCUCGAAAAGAACCUCCUCCCUCUUACGUACUUGGACGAGACUGUCAAAUUCAUAGAGUCGAAUACCUCAGGUGUCCAACUCGGUCAGGGCUCUGCGGAGUAUGUCGAUCCUUACACAGGCACUUCCAGAUACCAAAGCAACCCAGCUCCACCGCCAUCAUCCACCAAUUUGCAAGAUCCAUACACUGGCUCGAACGCAGGUGCAAGUGCAUCAACAUCUAAUAACUCUCCCCUCCCAAUCAAAGGUCCUUACUUGACAUUCAUCCAGGCCAAUGUUCCCGCUAUGCUCGACAAGCUCCGUCAGCUCAACGGCGGUGCUAAACACCCACUCGAUAAUACCCAGUUAGGCAGUAUAGAGAGACUGGGUAAGUAUGUCAUGGAAUCAAAUCCAGCAGCGGAAGUAGAUGUAUCUGAUUUAAGUGUCUUGUUACACGCUCUCCGUACCUGGCCAAAGAGCGAUAUCUUCCCAUUGCUCGACUUGCUCAGAGCUCUCGCUUCGCGUUCUGGUCUUGUUGCUUCGAGUAAUGACGUCACAGCAACUCUGCUCGACGCGGCCGAAUUCGUCCAGCAAACGAGUUCAACUGAUGAGAGCAACAUCAAGUCUCUUCAGACACGGCAGAUGUUGUCGUUGAGAGCACUUGCUAACACGUUCGGCAAUGAAGCAGGUCGCAAGACAAGAGGUGUUACAGCGGACGAGCUCCUUAAAUACCUCGACGGCAUACCUUUUGGCACCUUAAACAAGCUUGCCAAGAUUGCGCUCUCGUCCUUAUUGUUCAAUAUGACUGUGUUAUCGCUAUCGACGGAUCUAGCUACACCAACAUAUAACAGAAUACUAAGGGUAAUUUCCAAAACAUUAGAAAAUGGAUCAAACGACGAAGAAACGAUAUACAGGUUAUUUGCAGCAUAUGGGAAUCUUCUAUGUAAGCACAAAUCAACGCUAGACAAAGCAACGGUGGGCGGGAUGCAAGAGAUAGUCGACGUUCCUACAUAUAUACACCCAACAAGCUUAGCUAAGAGAUCUCUUGGUACCACCACCACUAGAUCUGCCGUUGCACAGUCUUCUGUCCUCGGAGGCGGAGAUAGCGGCGGCGGUGAGAUGAAUAGUCCUUCUGAGCUCGCUAGAAAAAUCUCAGCUGCUGUCCUCCCAAAGAUCGACAAGCCAAACGUUAAGAGAGUUUUAGUCGUCGGCUCUGGCGGUUUGUCAAUUGGACAAGCAGGUGAAUUCGAUUAUUCUGGAUCCCAAGCUAUCAAAGCCCUUAGAGAAUCUGGUAUCGAAGUACUCCUCGUAAACCCAAAUAUCGCUACAAUUCAAACAUCCCAUGAGUUGGCUCAUCAGAUUUACUUCCUUCCCGUUACUCCUGAUUACGUUGCUGCUAUUCUCGAGAAAGAACGCCCAGACGGUAUCUUUUUGACUUUCGGCGGUCAGUCGGCACUCAACGUCGGUGUAGCUCUCGAUAAAAUGGGUUUGUUUGAAAGAUUGGGCGUUCAAGUUCUCGGUACCCCAAUUAGAACUUUGGAAGUUUCCGAGGACAGGGACUUGUUCGUACAGGCUUUAAAUGAAAUCGACAUUCCAGCUGCUCAAUCUACAGCUGUCGGUACCGUUCCUGCCGCCCUUGAUGCCGCUCAGAAGAUCGGUUACCCUGUCAUCCUCCGUUCCGCCUUCUCCCUCGGUGGUCUUGGUUCUGGUUUCGCCAACAACGAAGACGAACUGCGCGAUCUCUCAGCUAAAUCUCUCAGCUUAAGUCCUCAAGUUCUUAUCGAAAAGUCUUUGAAGGGUUGGAAAGAAGUUGAGUAUGAAGUAGUGAGAGAUGCGGCAGACAAUGUCAUCAUUUGCUGCAAUAUGGAGAAUUUUGACCCACUCGGUGUCCACACUGGUGACUCUAUCGUCGUAGCUCCAUCCCAAACGCUCACUGAUGCUGAAUAUCACAUGCUCCGUUCAGCUGCUGCGAAGAUUGUUCGUCACGUCGGUGUCGUUGGUGAGUGUAACGUUCAAUACGCCCUUGAUCCACACAGCAAGCAGUACAUGGUCAUUGAAAUGAAUGCACGUCUCUCGCGUUCAUCCGCUCUCGCUUCAAAAGCUACCGGUUACCCUCUCGCGUACACGGCUGCAAAGAUUGGUCUCGGCCAUACUCUCCCUGAGCUUCCAAACGCCGUGACUAAGACGACAACUGCAUGUUUCGAGCCAUCUCUUGACUACAUCGUUACCAAAAUUCCAAAGUGGGAUUUGGCCAAGUUCCAACAUGUCCAACGUGAUACUGGAUCGUCUAUGAAAUCAGUUGGUGAAGUUAUGGCUAUCGGUCGUACAUUCGAAGAAUCUCUUCAAAAGGCUGUUCGUCAAGUCGAUCCAAAUUACCAUGGAUUCGAAGCUUAUUGGCAACCAGAAGAUCUCGAUGCUCAGCUCAUCCAACCUAAUGACCGUAGACUGUUUGCUAUUGCACACGCUAUGAUCAAUAAGGGUUACACAGUCGAAAUGCUCCAUAAUCUCACCAAGAUUGAUCGCUGGUAUCUCUACAAGCUCGACAACAUUGUUCAAAUCCACAAGCAUCUCUCUUCCCUUUCUGGACUUGAUGCUGUUAACAGGGAGCUUUUAUACCAAUCAAAGAGAGCUGGUUUCGCCGACACUCAGAUUGCCUCUCUCACCAAGUCCACCGAAGGUGAUGUUAGAAAGACCAGAAAAGAUCUUGGAAUCACACCAUUCGUCAAGAGAAUCGAUACUCUGGCUGCUGAGUUCCCUGCUCACACUAACUACCUCUACACGACAUACAAUGCCCAAUCACACGAUCUCGAGUUCAACGACAACGGUACUAUGGUUCUUGGAUCUGGUGUCUACAGAAUCGGCUCGUCUGUUGAGUUCGAUUGGUGCGCUGUUACUUGUGCUCGUGCAGUCCGCGGUAUGGACAAGAAGACCAUCAUGAUUAACUAUAACCCAGAAACUGUCUCUACUGACUUCGACGAAGCUGACCGUCUCUACUUUGAAGAACUUGGAUGGGAGCGUGUGAUGGAUAUCUACGAACUCGAAAAGGCAGAGGGUGUCAUCAUAUCUGUCGGUGGUCAACUCCCACAAAACAUUGCUCUUCGUCUUAAGCAAUCAGGCGUCAACGUCCUUGGUACUGCCCCAGAAGACAUUGAUAUGGCAGAGGAUCGUCACAAAUUCUCGAGUGUUUUGGAUUCAAUCAAUGUCGACCAACCAGCAUGGGUUGAGGCAGCUACACUUAACGACGCCAAGGCAUUUGCCUCUAAGGUUGGUUACCCAGUGCUGAUUAGACCAUCGUACGUUUUAUCAGGUGCAGCGAUGAAUGUUGUAUAUGAUGAAACAACUCUCGAGCACAACCUUUCUGCAGCAGCAAAUGUAUCACCAGACCACCCUGUUGUUGUUUCUCAAUUUAUUGAUAGUGCUCAAGAAAUCGAUGUCGAUGCUGUUGCCCACAAGGGUGAAUUGCUCGUUCAUGCUGUAUCUGAGCACGUUGAGAACGCUGGUGUGCAUUCUGGUGAUGCAACUCUUGCUCUCCCACCAUUUUCUUUGCCAGAAACUGAAAUGCCACGCUACAAGGAGAUUGCACAGAAGGUUGCCAAAGCAUUUAGGAUUUCUGGCCCAUUCAACAUGCAAGUCAUUCGCAAGGCUGGCGAAAAUGGCUCACAGCCUGAACUCAAGGUUAUCGAAUGUAACUUACGUGCAUCAAGAUCAUUCCCAUUCGUUAGUAAGGUUCUUGGAACUAACUUUAUCGAUAUCGCUACUGCUGCAAUUGUUGGUAAGAAUGUACCAGCUCCAGUCGAUUUGAUGGCUGAAAAGAGAGAUUACGUUGCUAUCAAGGUACCUCAAUUCUCUUGGACCAGAUUGGCUGGUGCUGAUCCAUAUCUCGGCGUCGAGAUGGCAUCUACUGGUGAAGUAGCCUCAUUUGGUAAAGAUAUCCACGAAGCUUACUGGGCUUCGUUGGCAUCUACUAAUGGAUUCCGCAUUCCUAAAGCUGGCAAAGGUGUUCUGGUCGGUGGAGAUAUCGCCAAGCCAGAGCUCAAAUCUGUUUCUGAAAAACUCACAAAACUAGGAUUCAAAAUGUACUGCUCUAAUGCAGACGUUGAGACUCAUCUCAAUCAAUCAGGUCUUUCACCUACAAAACGUAUCUUCUUCCCUACUAAAGAUAAGCGUAAAUUACGUGAAGUGUUCGACGAUCACGAAAUUCAGUUCGUCGUUAACCUCUCUAAGUCUCGCGGUAAAGACACAGUCGAUGAGGAUUACGUAGCUCGUCGUAACUGCGUCGAUUUCGGUUUACCUUUGUUCAACAACGCUAAACUUGCCGAGCUCUUCGUCGACGCUCUCGAAAAGAAGAUGCCUGUUGGCGGUUUAGAGGGCUAUAGAGAGGGUAAGAUUCCUUCCGAAGUUAAGUCAUGGAAGGAGUUUGUGCCUGAGGAGCGUAAAAAUUAA